AUGUUUAUAAUGGGUAUUGGGAAGUCUAAAAUAGCCCCCUGCUCUCUUUCUCUCUCUUGGAGUAAAACCCACAGUGUGGAUGCAAGUCCAAGACAUCAUGAGUCAGAAUCCCCCAAGUCAGGAGAAAUCUCCCUGGGUGAUCAGCCAGCACAUAGCAGUGCAACAGAGGAGCCAGCAGGAGAGCAGGGGGCAGCUGAGAGAAUGAAGGAGAUGCCUGCAGAGGAAGCGGAAGAAGAUGAGGUGUUCUUCAAAUUUGUGAUACUGCAUGCAGAAAGUGACAUAAGUGAAGCCCUCAGAGUCCAGAACCUGCUACAAGAUGACUUUGGUAUCAAACCGGGAAUUAUCUUUGCCGAGAUGCCAUGUGGCAGACAGCACUUGCAGAAUUUAGAUGAUGCUGUUAAUGGGUCUGCAUGGACCCUCUUAUUAUUGACUGAAAACUUUUUAAGAGAUACCUGGUGUAAGUUCCAGUUCUACUCAUCCCUAAUGAACUCCGUCAACAGGCAGCACAAAUACAACUCUGUCAUACCCAUGCGGCCCCUGAACAACCCCCUUCCCCGAGAAAGCACUCCCUUUGCUCUGCGCACCAUCAAUGCCCUAGAAGAAGGGAGUCAUGGCUUUCCUACUCAAAUAGAAAGAAUUUUUCGAGAGUCUGUGUAUAAGACACAGCAAACUAUCUGGAGAGAGACACGAAGUAUGGUACAGAGGCAAUGUGUUGACUGAGACCAACACAGUACCUGAGUGGCUCUUGUGACAAGAGAUUUGUCUUCAUUCUAGGAAAUUUUAAACUAAAAGAGAGCCUUAUUCUUACUAAUGGUAUAAAUAAAGUAAGGACGUCUCUGCCGGACCACCUA